GAAAUUUUCAAAAGAAAACAGAAAAAAAUAAAUAAUAAAAACAAAAUUUUAAUAAGAUUUACUGAUAUUGACACUUUAAUUAUGGCUACAAAAGUAAAGCAGGAAAGCGAUUCAAAAUCUGAAGCUCGCUCGAAAUUAAAUGAAGCAUUAGCGUUGGCUGAGACUGAAGUACAUAAUAUGCUGGGAUCAGAGGAAGAAGAAGAGGUAGAGGACGAGGAAAUGCUUGAGCAAGAAGAUGAGGAAUUAGUUGAUACAAAAACAAUCAUUAAAUCAGAACAUGUUGAAGGACAGAAUGAGGAUUUACUUGGACAGGACGAAGAAAUUUUGGAUGAAGAAGACGAGGAAUAUGCUCCGAUUAAAAAGGAACCGAAAUCAUCAGUGAAAUUACCAAAACCAGUUCAAUUACCAUCAUAUAUAAUGAAACUGUUUGAUAGAAGCGUUAAUUUGGCGAAAUUUGAUGAAGAUACACCGUUAUAUCCUCUUUGUCGUGCAUGGAUGAAAAACCAGCCACGAGCACCAGCAGUUAAAAGUGAAAAAACGACAGAUCCAAUUAUUCAAACAGUUGAAGACGGAGAUGUUGUUGAAAUGCCCAAAAUAAGAAUUCGUAAACCAAAGCAUGCAGCAUCAAAGCCUGAAAAUAAGCUUAACAAAAAAGACUUUGAUAAGCUUAUAGACUCUGAAGUAUGGACGAAAGAAAAACUCCUAGAAUACCAUCGUACUCAAUGGCUAGAUGAAAAGGCGAGACAAAUUGAGACAUCCAGGAUAUUUGAAGAGAAACAUUUUACAGCAAAUUUACAAUUACUUGACUCGUUGCGAAAAGACGCUGAGGAAUGAUAAUUUAAUAACUUUUGAUUUAUAUCUUUUCGUAUUUUCUCUUAUUGGUUUAGAGCAUCUUAUAUACUUUUACACAUUUUAUUUCCUUCCUUUUGAAUGCUAUACUGUAUAUUUUACAAGACUUUAUGAAAUAAACGUAAAUCAGAUUUUUUUUUAAUUUAAAGAAGAACAA